AUGGCCGCGGCCAAGAACGGCGUCGCGAUCCCGUGCGAGAAGGACGGCUCGGCCUUCAUCCUCGCCUGCCCCAAGGGCGUCUACAGCGGCGCCCGCACGGUCCAAUCCAAGUUUGUGUUUGCUUUGGAGAGCCACUUGAAGCGCCUCGUGCAGCCCACGCCAGGCAUUGUCAAGGAUGCGUCCGACGACGAGCUCGUCAAGCUGGUCAAGCCGCGCGUGCUCUCGACGCUGCGUGCCGCCAUGCAAGACUUGCAGCGCGACAACACGUUUCCGCCGCACCAAGAGUACAAGCUGACGCUGGUCAUGCAGCCGAGCGCGGAUGCGACGUCGAUGACCCAAGUCAUCCAGGAACCGGGCAAAGGCGACGUGCUGUGCCACAUUGGGCUCAUGGGCUCCAAGGAAGGCAAGUACAUCCAGGUCGAGGUCGCAGGCACGCCGCGCAAGAACCCACUCGUCAAGGAUCUGCAAUGGGCCAAGGACCGCCAAGCGCUCUACGAUGCCAUGCGCCCCGACACGGAAGAGCUCGUGCUCAUGGAGCCGUCCACGCGUCUCUUGUACGAAGCGUCGCAGUCGAACUUUUUUGUCGUCCAAGAUGAGACGGUUGUGACGGCCGACGACGGGAUUCUCAAAGGCACGAUGCGCGACCUCGUGCUCGAGGCCUGUGACGCGCUCUCGAUUCCCGUGCGCUUGACGCCGCCGUCCAUGGAUGACGCGCCGCGCUGGUCGGGUGCGUUCUUGACGAGCACGUCCCGCUUUGUGCUGCCGAUCCAGCACCUCAUCUACGACGCCGGCGACAUUACCUUUCCGCCGUGCCCGAUCGUCACCAAGCUCCAAGCCCACGUGCUGGCGACGGUCAAGUCGCACGCGACCAAAGUCUUUGACUAA